UUUCGUAUUGCGGGGGUCUCCCAUCCCCAGCAGAUGCAAAUAACCCAUUAGCUUACAAAUUCAGGUAUACCUUAAACAUUAAGAUCUUGAACCUUUGGGAACUCAUGCAGUAUGAAGUCGAUAUUAAUAAUAAGGGUAAAGCAUGUUUCAUACACACAUGUAAACACAUAUAUAUACUAUGGGGAAACAAAAUCCUUACCUUGAUCUCCUAAGUAAGAUAAUCCAAUGAGGCUUUUAUGCGUGGAGGACUGAAUACAUAAUUGGAAGUUCAAAUAACAAUGCCUUUUAUGUUACACAUAUCUGGGAUGCUAUGAUAAAAUUCGCGGUUUAAAGUGUUCUGACCUUUCUACCAUCAUGAAAAAUGAUGUACUUCUGGUAUUAAGUCCGGUUAAGACAAGUAAGGAUUCAUUUAUGAUUAACAUUCUAUGAGCAGUGGACCCAAUAAAUGAUUGUUUCCCCUUUUUUAUUUACUGUUGAUAAUACCAAAGACACUUUCUCAUAAUUUCCUGCCGUCUAGAGAAAAUGUAACCAUAUCAUUGUGGUCAUCUCUUCGGUUCUGAAUGAUUCUGAGUUCCUUGGUAUGCAUGUUCAUCAUGGUCGUCAUAUCCCUGUGGGGACAGAAUAAAUAAUAAAUGUAUAUUUUAUGGGCCAGACAUUGUGUUGUCUCGUAGGCAAUAGAAUUCUUAUUCAUUAUAUGCUGUGAUAUUGUAGUGUUUUCUGUUUACUAUUAGCUUUAAAUCCUAGAGCAGCAUGAAGGCGGAUACCGGAUUAAUACAAGAUUGUUUCAGUUGGAAUCCAGCAGGAGCUAUACGGGCUGGGAGAAAUCCGGCAACUUACAGAUAUCAUGGAGAAACCAUACAUGUUAACGGGGACUGUCUAUAUAACUCAGCCUCAAGACUUCGGAUACCUGAUCUUCUUGCUUUUGCAUUGGAGUGUCUUCCAAAUCGCAACUCGUUAGUUUAUGGGAACCUGUAUGGAAUAGGUCACGAAGCAACAACCAUUUUUCGUGGGACCCUCCGUUAUGAAGGUUUUGGUGAGAUAAUGGGGACGUUGGCAAGAAUAGGGUUCUUCAAUACUGAACCUCUUCCGAUUCUUAAAAAUAAGAAAAGGCCCACAUAUCAAACAUUCCUACUUGAACUUCUGCAAAUUGAAAGCAAGAACGUGUGUGAAUCCAUGAUGGGAGAAGUGAACAUCACAGAAAGGAUUGUUGCACUCGGACUUUGCAAAGAGAGAGGAACUGCAAUGAAGACGGCCAAAACGAUCAGAUUUUUGGGAUUUCAUGAGCGGAGAGAAAUACCUGUAUCCUGCCAAACUGCAUUUGAUGUUACCUGCCUCCUCAUGGAAGAAAGGUUAGCAUACUCGGGAACAGAGCAGGAUAUGGUGCUUUUACACCAUGAAGUGGAAGUAGAUUUCCUUGAUGGCCGAGCUAUGGAAAACCAUCGUGCUACUUUACUUGAAUUUGGGAGGACUGAGAAUGGGAAAAAAACCACUGCCAUGGCUCUUACUGUUGGGAUUCCAGCAGCCAUUGGAGCUCUGCUCUUACUUGCAAACAAGAUCAAAACACGUGGUGUCUUAAGGCCUAUUGAUCCAGAAGUUUAUUUGCCAGCACUGGAUAUAUUGAAGGCUUAUGGUUUCAAGAUGCUGGAGAAAAUUGAGUAA